AUGGUCAGCAGCCGUGACAACCAGCAGCUAGGAGGCUUUGCUGCUGCCAUCCUUGCAUGGAUCCUUUGUAGCGUCUCUAUGGCCCUACCUCAUUGGCGAAUGUGGUCUUUUAAAGAGCCCAUCGAUUCCAAGCCCAGCAUGACUUUAGUGGGGAUGUGGAUGACCUGCGUUUACCAACAGGAAAAUAUUUCCAGCAUUUUCAGAGUGUGUUACCCAUAUACCUACCAGGAUACCUUCAUUCCUUUGGAUAUUCGAAUUGCACAACACCUGUUACUUGUCUCCAGCUUUCUCGGCAUGGUUGCGACAAUCUCCAUCAUUGCUGCUCUUUGGAGAAUUUACUCAGGGAGACUCCGGAAGAAAGCCACCUACAAUCCAUUCUUCUUUUCAGGGGUUCUGAACAUCAUUGCUAGCGGCUUUGUCUUCCUUUCCGUCUUGUACAACUAUUUAGCCAUCAUUCACAAGGACAGGAUUGACUUCCCCCCGUAUUUCCUCAUGCCGUCCUUCCCAGAUACCCAGAGAGUUGGCACUGCACUGACAAUGGCAACUCUUUCUUCCUUCUUAUUUCUAGUGGGUGGCACAAUUUCCCUUUCUUUCACUCUUCCCCGGCGUUCUCAUAUAUAUUCUAAUAUUUAA